CGAAAAUAAAAUGAAAACGAGGCCGUUGUGCAGCUUCAAUUAUAUAUGUAAUAAGGUGUUUAAUAAAUACGUAAUUGCAGACAUGCAGCAGGCGCCCGUCUCAGCAGGUCUCAGCCCGUCUCUCUGUCGCACCAUCACGCCAUUUGCACCAAGACACCUCUUAACAUGCAUACCCAGCCAUCCUUCCCGCUUCAAGUUACUCGAUGUGACUGAGAAUAGUCCUCCUCGGAAAAAGCACUGGGAGCGGCUGAAGCCAAGUCGUUCAGAGCCACAUUCAGUAGAGGAGAGGGGUGGGAGGGCAACCAGUCGUGAUCCGUCCUUUCUCUCGCCUUCGAGAAAUGAGGAGUAUCGUGCUCGACCGCUGGGGCCAGUUCGCAAACUCUUUGGCACGGUGACCAAGCGCUUCGCUCAAAGCGCUCGACAGUCUCCCAACCCUGGACCCACAGCUGCAGUUCCAGCCCACAGGGCCUCCAACCCGUUCAUUUAACCAAGGGUAUGCGCAAUCUUUCACGCCAACGAGGUCCACUCUGCUCCACGUAUUGCUCAAAGGGGAUGACGGACUGCUCGAGCUUUCGGAACACCUGACGAGAUGGCCAACAACAUCGAUUUCAAGACGUUCGUUGAUCAUUUUAUACGGCAUCCGGAUGCCAACCGCCUAGACACGAAAAGCUUCAUCAACCGUCCCAUCCCUCGAUUGUUGCGGUACGAACUGCUCUUGAAGGGCAUAAUGGACGAGACUCCUGCUGUCUACGAUGAUCACGAAGGGAUCCCUCAAGCCUUGGAGGUCAUAAAGUCUUUGAGCAAGGAGACCGAGCCAGG